AUGUCUGAUUUCAUUUUGAAAGCAUUUCAAACAAACAAAAGAGAGACUCAAAAGAAAAACAAUUUAGAGUCGGGACGAGUGGACGAAGACUUCGCUUUUGAUAAUCCAUACUUUGAAGACGAAGAAGGCGUUCAAAGAGCACAAACACUGACUAAAUCAGACACUAUUACUGCACAAAAAGUUAAUGCCAAACAUAAAUGCAUUGAAACUAAAGGCCUUUCGAAAUAA